GAAAGACGAGAUUAUUUUUUCUAGGAAUUAGAAAACCGUUAAAUUUUAUUCGCAUUAAAGACUUGUAACCCAUUAGAAGCAAACGUCAGUCCGCGUUAAAUUAUAAAUUCAAAAUUUGGUAAAAGAAUAAUAAUUAAAAAAAUGGAUAGUGAGCUUCCGGAAGUAUGUCUUACUUCACCCACAUUGGAGAAAUGCUGGUAUGCUUAUAAACUUAGCAAACAAAAUUUAAAAAAAAAGUACAACAACCACCAAAUUUCGGCUUAUCAAGGAUCCAAAACAUGUAAAGAAAUUAAGGAAUUAAUAAAAGCAUUAAAAGACAAAAAAACUAAAUGCAAUUACACUAUAGAUGAAUUAGAAAUGCUGGCAUUGGGAGGCACCAAAAUAACACGUUAUCGAAGCGAACUUUUGAACGCCGACUUUGAGAAAUUGCAUAAAGAUUGGGAUGCGAUGAUGAAAUUAUACGAUGAUGAAUCUAAUGAUCAACUGCCUGGAGAUGCACCUCUGCCAAUUAUUGAUCUCCAAAUACCUGACGUUGAACUCAAUUUUCCUAAAGAGCUUCCAAAAGAUGUCAAUUUACUUUCGGACCACGAUGAUCCUUGUUGUUUGGCUGAAGCACUUAUAAUGGACGAAACAGCUGAACCAGGUUUUGGUAUGAUGACGGUUGAAGAUUGGGACCUUUUUCUGGGAACAGAUCCUGAAUCGUCCAGUAACGUUAUUCGUGAUCUUCAUAUGUCAUUUAAUGAAGAGAUCACUGCACCUAUUCAACUUCCAGAUACUAUACGCACUCCCACCAAGAGACCUAGCCAGAUUAACGUUGAAACUCCAUCCAAGCGCAUACGUAGAGCACUUGAUCAUUCAUUUGGAGAUGAUCCAUCGCCAGGAAUAGCAGAUAUCGAUGCUGCUGAAAGAGAUCUGCAAGCUCCUGUUCUUGAGAGCAUACCGCCAGUGCCUAUGGACGUAUCAGUAGAAAUGGAACCUGAACCUGAACAAGAAGCUCCAGUUGCCUCCAUCACAGAAGUCCCAGCUGAUACUUUACCAACUCAAGAAACCGGAGAUACUUUGGAGAAUCUUCCCGGGCUGAUCGUCGAGCUUAACGUUUCAACUUCCAAGUCUAAAAAACGCAAGAAGACCGGGUUGAUCAUCGAUAAAGUUACCGAGAUACCCGGUGAUGUUAUUAGAAACAGCCAACGAAAUGAUAUUCAUACUGUGCCUUUUGAAGCUGUUAGAGCGAAUCCAGGCCCUGCUCGUUUAUCGGCUGAUGAUUUGUUUAAUCAGCUUGCAACUCAAGGCUCCAGGAAAUUCCGUUCUCUUGGGCGUCCUCUGAUGGCUCAUUUCCAACAGCUAAAGUUUGGAGUUCCUUCGAAUGUCAGAGAUGUUAAUAGACGAGCAUCAACUGAAAAGACCGCUGAAUUAACUCCCGGCAUUCGUCCCGGACCAAGUACUGUACAAAGUCAAAAAACAAAUAAGGCCCCAGAUAAUAUUGAGGUACCAGAUCACGACCUUUCUCCUCAAAACCAGAUAGCAGAGGAAACAAUUGAGCCCAUCGAACCACUUGUUGCAAUUCCUUCCGACGAUAUUCACCCAGAACCUCCAGUUCCUGUCAUCGACAAUUCCAGUGAACUCCCGGUCAUAAAUACCGGAACUACUCUCGAAGCAGCCUUUGUUCAUUUGACCACCGAUGAAAUCGAUGACGAAUCCAAUGAAUCAUUGAUGUCUGGACCUCCAGUUAGAAACAAUCCAUCGCAGUCAAGAGGACAAUCUGACAAUAUUAUCGACAUUGAAAAAAUUCCUGCUAACCAGAGAUUGAGUCCAUCUCCGUCAUCUAGAUGGACAAAAGCAAAUUUGAUGGCGCACAUGGACAUGCUUUUCUCUCAAGGUUAUCAAGUUCUUCGCUUCGAUGAAUUAGUUUCCCCGGAGGAUUUCAGCAAACAGGAGUACGUGAGAUUGCACCACUACCUUCUCUUUCUUGCAUCUGAAAACAAAGUAUCACUGGAUCAAAAUGAUGAUGACGAAAUUAUUUGGAUCCAAAAAAAAUGAAGCUUUAUUUUAUUUUUAUUAAUUAUUUUAUUUUAAUUACUUUUAUUACAUUUAUCUGUUUUAUUUUUUUUACAAAAUUUUUUAAUCACAUUUAUAAGUCAAUUGCACGAAAAAAAUCAGUAUUACUACA